AUGGCCGCUACCACCGAACACAGCGAGCAAUUCAACGAGAAGCACGAUGGUCUCAAUGGCUUCGACCCUGAGGCCCAGCGCCUGGAGAGUCUGAACAGGUUGCGAACUGCUCAGAGUGUUCAGAUGAGCCCCGAGUUGUUUGAGAAGCUUUACCUUUCGCCUAUGAACAAGGUCAAGGGAGACCUUCGACAGACAUUUGGAAACCCUACACCAAUUGCUCUUGUUGGUUUCCUCCUCGCUUUCACGCCUUUGACUUGCGAUCUCAUGGGCUGGCGAGGCGCUGGUGGCAGUGGUGCUGCCUCAAACGCCGUCUACGUCUUCAUGGGCGGUCUUCUCAUGAUCAUCGGUGGUAUUCUCGAAUGGGUCCUCGGCAACAGUUUCCCAGCCUGCGUCUUCUGCUCCUUCGGUGGUUUCUGGUUCUCUUACGGUGGCACUCUCAUCCCUUCCUUCGCUGCCUACGCCUCUUAUGCUCCCGCCGAUGCCACAUCCUCUGCUGAGGGUCUUGCUACUCGAGGUUUCAACGCCAGUCUUGCUUUCUGGUUGCUCUUCAUGGGCCUCUUGUCCUUCAUCUUCCUCAUCUGCGCUUUCCGAACCAACGUCGUCUUCGUCAUGAUCUUCUUCAGCUUGACCUUCUGCUUCUUGAUGAUCACUGCUGCUUUUUGGGCUCUGGCCGAUGACUUCACUGGAAACGCCAAGCUCGCUCAAAAGCUCCUUGUGGCUGGUGGUGCCUUUGGAUUCGUUACAUGCAUGUCUGGCUGGUACAUCCUCGUCGCUGUCCUCUUCGCCAUCGUCGACUUCCCCAUCCAAAUCCCCGUUGGCGACUUGUCCACUGUCAUCAAGGGACACAGCGAGAAGGCUCGUCGUGCUUAA